GGACGCUUUAAAUGGCUCAGCCUUCUCUGCACGCUCUCAUUUGCGGGCAGGAAGUGUUGUGACUUGCUUGCUUAGAACUGCAAUUGGAAGAGGAAUGCUGGACUUCCAGAUUUAACUUUCUGGGUGUGGGAGAAAGUUCUACCUUGUGCCGGGGGCUAGGAAAGGAAGGGGAUUGGUCAGCUGUCCUCUGAAAUCUGGACAGGGCAAGGCCCUGAAACACCACAUCUGUGAUCUCCAUUUGUCACCAGCUCUGCUUCUAUGCAUUGUUGGCUCAGAGGGUGACCUUCCCUUUUACAAAAAACAUAUAGGUGCUUAGUUUAAUGCAUGAAAAUGGCCAACGUUACCCAAAUCUCCAAAGAUGAACUAGAGGAACUCAGAGAAGCUUUUGCCAAAGUCGACCUCAACAGCAAUGGAUUUAUCUGCGAUUAUGAGUUGCACGAACUUUUUAAGGAAGCCAACCUUCCCCUUCCGGGCUACAAAGUGAGGGAGAUCAUUCAGAAACUCAUGAUAGACGGAGACAAGAAUAAAGAUGGGAAGAUCAGCUUUGACGAAUUUGUUUACAUCUUUCAAGAGGUGAAAAGCAGCGACAUUGCUAAAACAUUCAGAAAAGCCAUCAACCGAAAAGAAGGGAUUUGUGCUAUCGGUGGGACAUCUGAGCUCUCCAGCGAAGGCACACAGCAUUCCUACUCAGAGGAAGAAAAAUACGCCUUUGUGAACUGGAUAAACAAAGCUUUGGAAAACGACCCGGAUUGUAAGCAUGUCAUUCCAAUGAACCCAAAUACAGAUGAUCUCUUCAAAGCCGUCGGGGACGGGAUUGUGCUGUGUAAAAUGAUCAACCUUUCUGUUCCUGACACAAUUGAUGAAAGAGCAAUCAACAAGAAGAAGCUAACACCAUUCAUAAUUCAGGAAAACCUGAAUUUGGCUCUGAAUUCCGCCUCUGCCAUCGGAUGCCAUGUGGUCAACAUCGGAGCGGAGGAUUUGCGGGAAGGGAAGCCGCACCUGGUGCUUGGGCUCCUCUGGCAGAUCAUCAAGAUUGGCUUGUUUGCAGACAUCGAACUCAGCAGAAAUGAAGCUUUGGCAGCCUUGCUUCGAGAUGGGGAGACCAUAGAAGACCUGAUGAAGUUGUCUCCGGAAGAGCUGCUCUUGAGGUGGGCAAACUUCCACUUGGAAAAUGCCGGGUGGCACAAGAUCAACAACUUCAGCUCAGAGAUCAAGGACUCCAGGGCAUACUUCCAUCUCCUCAACCAAAUUGCGCCCAAAGGACAGAAGGAAGGAGAACCACAAAUUGAUAUCAACAUGUCCGGCUUCAAUGAGAAAGACGACUUGAAGAGGGCCGAAUGCAUGCUUCAGCAGGCAGACAGGCUGGGUUGCCGGCAGUUCGUUACUCCGACGGACGUUGUGAGUGGCAACCCCAAGUUGAACUUGGCCUUCGUAGCCAACUUGUUCAACAAGUAUCCCGCCCUCACCAAGCCCGAAAACCAGGACAUUGACUGGACGCUGCUAGAAGGUGAGACCCGUGAAGAAAGAACAUUUCGCAACUGGAUGAACUCCCUUGGAGUGAACCCUCAUGUGAACCAUCUCUAUGGUGAUCUGCAAGAUGCACUGGUGAUUUUACAACUCUACGAAAAGAUCAAAGUUCCUGUCGACUGGAAUAAGGUGAACAGGCCUCCGUACCCUAAACUUGGAGCAAACAUGAAGAAGCUGGAAAACUGCAAUUACGCCGUCGAGUUGGGGAAGCAUCCGGCGAAGUUCUCCCUGGUCGGCAUCGGUGGACAAGACCUCAACGACGGGAACCCAACGCUCACGCUGGCUUUAGUGUGGCAGCUGAUGAGAAGAUAUACCCUCAAUGUCCUGGAGGAUCUUGGGGAUGGUCAGAAAGCAAAUGAUGAUAUUAUUGUGAACUGGGUGAACAGGAUCUUGCGAGAAGCUGGGAAAUCAAGUUCCAUCCAGAGCUUUAAGGACAAGAGUAUUAGCAGCAGCUUGGCGGUUGUGGAUUUAAUUGAUGCUAUUCAACCUGGUUGUAUAAAUUAUGACCUUGUGAAGACAGGAGACCUGUCAGAAGAAGACAAGCACAGUAACGCCAAGUAUGCCGUGUCAAUGGCCAGAAGAAUCGGAGCCCGUGUUUACGCUCUUCCUGAGGACCUCGUGGAGGUGAAACCGAAGAUGGUGAUGACCGUGUUUGCCUGCCUGAUGGGCCGAGGAAUGAAGAGGGUUUAAGAACUGGCACUCAACCAAAGCCCCCAAGCCUCCCUUCCCCCAGACCGGCUGCUUCCAGACCGAAAUGCUGUCGGCUUAAAGAACUGUUGACGUGGGUUUUUUUGUUUGUUUUAAAGAAGGACUCUCGGUUUUGCUUUGCAAGGCGGGAAUGUGGUGAUAAUUCUCGAAAGGAGGGAUGUUUACCAACCAAAUUGCUCUCUUUCUUGGGAAUUUAAAUGGGUUUGCCUUCUCAAGUGCCCGUGGAAAACAUUUCUAUGUAUCUUCCUGAAGCAGGCUGCUGGCACAAGCGAUGGAGGCGUUCUGCCGCAGACUCUCAGUUCUCUGGUGGGUUGCCAGAGCUCUUCUGGCCUAGGUCUUAAAGGUGACAUAUCUCACUCUUCUGUCUUAAAAAAGAAAAGCCUAUUUUUAUUUGUUUCCAAUGGGUUGCGUUGUCAUUGAACUGGCUUUAGGUUCAUUGAUGCAAGGGCAGUAACCAUGAAAAGAAGAGAAAAACAAACCAAUGUCCUGACUCAGAAAAGUUGUAAUUUGCAGCUGGCAUCGGUUAUACAAACUGGGCGAGACUGCAUAAUUUCUAUUAUUUGGCGUUAUCCAUUUUGCAGUUUUUAAAAUUAGUUGGAAUAAUCCGAUCUGCAUGGUUUAGUCAUGGGGAAGGGGCUACGUCUCAAGCCCACUCCCACCCCCUGGAAAAUCGUAUUGUGACAUUUCUCAGGCUUCUGAGUUUCAGCUCCUGUUGAACCACACCCUUUAAGCAUAUCUUUGCUUCCAGAAGGGCUAGGAACUUGUUUUCGGUUUUAAAUAAAAGUUUUCACGCUCGGGAAGCUGCAUUCUGUGCACAGUUGCCGCAUUCAGUAUCCUGUGGAAUAGCGCGUAUGGGGACGGUAAUAAGGUACUUCUGAAAAUCAGUCUUCCAGCAGUAUUUUUGAUAAAUGGUGCUGCACUUUUUUCCUGUUCAAUGUAAUGAUAUUCUCCAUUAUUUUACCAACACAAGCAUAAUAGGUUUUAUUUUUUUGCUAAUUUUCACGAGAAGUACCACCUCCAGAGGCCUGCAUUGCCCAAUGGCUUAAUUAAACCCAGAGUAUCAAACAAAUGCAUUUUUGUAUGUUACCUUGCUUCGGUUUGUAUUUUGCUUUAGACAUUUUUUGUGUUUUGUUCUGUUUUUCCAGAAUCUGCAUGAAAAACAUCUUUUUUUCCUUUAUUUUUCUUUUUUUAAAUAUUUAAGAUGCUUAGGUGCUCGUUAAAACUGUGUGAAAGGAGCUAGAUAGGCGGGACCAGGCCAAUUCCACAAACAGCAGGGACCAGUAACUUGAAGAGCGGAAUGUGCCGAGAUUUAAGAAACUAUUUUUUAUAAAUAAAAAAGGAAAAUGCUGUCACCAAAGAGAAGGCAGUUUAUCCAUAGGAGCAAAUGUACUCCAGCUUUGGCAAGCUGUUAGCUACGCUUGAGGUCAUAUUGCUAUUCCAAGUGAUGUAAUAUGGUGGCAAAGCAAUAGAUGAAAUAAAAUCGUUUAAGUACA